CUACAUUCCCACUUUCGCUACUGCAACAUCACAUCGACGUAUACCAACGAGCCAAUGGUCAGGUAGCAGACCCUCAGAUCGCCAGUCGCGGCACAACCACCAUCCCGAAAGUACCUCCGAUUGCAUUGUCAGCACCCAAUAGUUACUGUUUUUCCCCGGCGAGCGAGCGCGCGAGACUUUGUACUCCAACGACACACACUCCCUUUACGACACACCCUUUCCGCAACCCACGAUGCCUUCCGCCAAGUCAGUCGCCUACUACCUCUUCCACCUUUCUGAACUGCGCUCCAUCGUCCAAUGGAAGACGUGGCACAACCCGGUCCACGAGCGAGACGAGUCGCAAGAAACGCCCAACCUGAAAGAAUGCUUCCGCUUCCUGAAUCUCACCUCGCGCUCCUUUGCCGCUGUCAUUCAGGAGCUUCACCCGGAACUGCUGGUGCCUGUAUGUCUCUUCUACUUGAUCCUGCGCGGCCUGGACACCAUCGAAGACGAUAUGACCAUUCCCAUUGAAAAGAAGGAGCCUCUGUUGCGCAAGUUCGACGAGCUCAUUGAGGAUGAGGCCUGGACGUUCCAUGAGAACGGGCCGAACGAGAAGGACAGAGAACUGCUGGUCAAGUUCGAUGUCGUGGCCAAGGAGUUCAACAAGCAAAAGGACGCAUACAAGCUCAUUAUCAAAGACAUCACGAAAAGGAUGGGCAAUGGCAUGGCCGACUACGCGAAAAAUGCAGACCACAACGCGCACGGGGUACAAACCAUCAAAGACUACGAGCUGUACUGCCACUACGUAGCCGGACUUGUAGGAGAGGGCUUGACGAGACUGUUCGUCGAAGCCAAGCUUGCCAACCCGGCGCUUUUGCAAAGACCAGAGUUGAUGGAGAGUAUGGGACAGUUCUUGCAACAGACCAACAUCAUUCGCGACAUCAGAGAAGACCACGAGGACAAGAGGUACUUCUGGCCCAAAGAAGUCUGGUCGAAGCACGUAGACAAAUUCUCCGAUCUCUUCGAACCACAGAAUCGGGAGAAGGCCCUCAACUGCAGCAGCGAAAUGGUUCUCCUUGCAUUGCAGAGAGCGGACGAAUGCCUAUUCUACAUGGCCGGUAUCAAAGAGCAAAGUGUUUUCAACUUCGUCGCGAUACCUCAAUCGAUGGCUAUUGCAACAUUAGAGCUCGUUUUCCAAAAUCCAGCAGUGUUUGACAGGAACAUCAAGAUCACCAAAGGUUGCGCAUGUCAGUUGAUGAUGGAGAGCACACAGAACUUGCAAUUGGUUUGCGACAUUUUCAGAAGGUUCGCGAGGAAGAUUCACAAGAAGAAUAAGCCCACCGAUCCAAAUUUUCUCGAAAUCAGUAUUGCUUGCGCAAAGAUUGAGAGAUUCAUCGAGACUAUCUUCCCAUCCCAGACGUCCAGGACAUUGCCGAGCGCGGGAGCUGCUGGACAAGCCGUGGCUGUUGACUCGGCGGAAGAGGCGAAGAGGAAGCAAGAGGAGGCGGAAUCGAAGAAGGAUGUCUUCUACCUCGUGCUCGCUGUCAUUGCGACGUUGAGUUUCGUGAGUGUGUGCAUGAUCGGUGCUGCAUGGUUCUUCGGAGCCCGAUUUGACCUCGCUUUCAGUGCAUUGAAGGAUGGCAAUGUAUUCCCACCCAAGGGCCAGGAGGCUAUCCAGAGCAUUUCGAGCAAGUACGAGGCCACGCCAGACAUAAGCCAUGGUGAGUUGUAGGGCGAAGAGGUUAAGAUAGGUACGACCACACCAGCUUGGAGCCACAACAUUUAUUGUAAUUGUAUGUAACUUCUUCAACCAUAAGCCAAGUCGACAGUGACAACUUCAUCAGAUGACUAGCUUGUACAAGUUUGAGACUCGGAUGCUCGGGCGUAUGCUGUAUUAGUACACUGCAUAUGUAGCAAGGCAACGAUUCCUUCC